CGAGUAAACGAAAACUUAAACUGAAACGACUUUAUUUGAGUGCUGGCAUUCAAUGCGACAAGUCUGUGUUUGUGCGUAAAUUCUUUUAUUUUUUGUUGCUCCCCAGCAAUCCCAGAGCCAUUCCAGUUCACCCAAGAUUGGGUCCAGCAAUGGAAUGACUUCUUCUCCAUGCACCUGAAGUCUAAGCGAAAAAAAAUAGUGAUUGUGCCUUGGCCAAGAAGUGCUCUGAAGUGUGUUUGGUGAGGAAGAUUUUGUAGAAAGAGGAAGAGAGUUGAAUUCUUCCGGUCAACAUAAGUGUCCUCUGCCCCGUGUGAGUGCUCCCCCCGUGUCCCCACUGAAUAUCCUCGUGAUUUCCGUGUGUAGCAACACAUCACCGGAACUGGAUUUAAUUGAUCAUCAGCAUCCACAAGAAGCAGAGUGAUUGGAAUUCCCAGAGGCGACAAAACGACAUACACGAACAAAAAAUGAUGAAUGGAGGCGUUAAAAAUGGAUUAUCCACUCUCAAUCGAUUACUGGGGAAGAAGAAUAAAGAUGAUUCAUCCUCACCGUCAAAACAUACAUCGACAUUCAGCCGAUCAAUGUCCAACCUGGACACGUCUAGUCAACACAACAAGAUCGUGCCACUGGCUGCAAUGAGCAACGCCCCAUUUGAGCAGACUUUCCGCAUUACGGUUAGUCUGCCGCGGGAUCAGCUCUAUGUGGCCAGGGUGGGUGCAAAGACGCGCCUGGCACAGCUGAUGGAGCUCACGUGUGUCAAUAAGCAGCUCGAUCGGGAUAAGUAUGAGUUUCGGCAUCCAAUGGAUAAUUCUCAGGUGUUCAGCAAUGACCUAACAAUUGGUGAGGUGGGACUCAAUGAGAUAAGGCUCGUGCCGAAGACGGAACGCCUUCACAAUGGGAAUAAUUUCAACAUUGAUGACCUGAAUAAGAUGCGACUCCCGGGGAAUCGGGAAUCACUGUCAUCGUCGGAAGUCAGCCGAAAUUCCCGGCAAUUCCUCAAGACCACCUCCCCGUACAGCUCAACGAAUUCCCUGAAUUCCGUCGAAUCGUCCGGGAGUCAUCCACGGCAUCAGCCACCCGUGGCACCAGCACGGAAGAAACGUGCUGCACCACGACCACCGAGUCAGAAUAGCAUCCCGGAGCAUCAGAUGGACAUCAAUCGGAAUACAACGAAGACGACGGAAUUCAAGAAGCCCCUGCCGGUGAAGAAGAAUUUCCACGUGUCAUCGCCAAAUCUCUCCGUGGAGGAGACAAAUCAACUGGUCACGAGUGCUGAGGUACAUCGAAAUGGUUCACCCAUUGCGGAAAGGUACAGCUCCGUAACAGAUUUACGGAGUCACGACACACCACAGGGCAUCGUGGAAGCCAAUAAUAUGCGAUUGAGGCCAAUGUCGAUGCACAUUGUCAAUGGGAAUCAUCAUCAUGUCAAUGGCAAGGAGAGUCCAUCUACAGAUCCCAAUCAUUCCCGAACGUCCAGUGAGUCAUCCGAAAUGCGUGAAUCCCUGCCUGAACCCGUACCAAGGAAGCGGCAACUCUUUGCUGCUAAAAAGAAGAAGGCAGCUCCUGCUCCGCCCCCAAGGAGUGUCCCACCAGUCCCAACACCACGAUCAAUACCAAAAAGUGAAUCAUCAGCAGAUGAGGAGAUGCGUGAUGUGAGCACAAAUCUUCCCAAUGGCAAUGUAUCCAAAGUUAUGCUAAAUGUCGAUGCAACGCAAGCGAUAAAUGUGAAUUUGGUGAAGCAGAAUGUAAUCCAGGAGGAGCGAAAGGAGUGCAUGGGGGUGAAAGUGGUGGAAAUGAAGCCCAAUGGACCCCUGUCCAUUGCCAUAAAGACAACGCAAAUGAAACAGGAGGAGCCAUCAAAGGUGUCCAUUACGGAGAUACGAAGGGAGAGCACAAAUAGUUCCGAUGAUGAUGAUCACAGGGUUAAUAUUUACAGCAUCAAGAUGGGGAAGGUUAUUGAGCCAAGUCAGGAAGCACAGGCAGCUCAAGGGAAACUUAAGGAAGUUCAUAAGGAGCCAGUUGAGCUGCCAAAAGCUUCAAUUGAGCAACAAAAGAUUCCAAUUGAACAGCCUAAAGCUUCUUCAGAACAACGAAAGGCAUCAAUAGAACUUCCUAAAACUCCCAUUGAGAAUUCAAACCACAACAAAGCUUCUCCGGAACAUUUAGAGCCUCCAAAAGUGCCAAAAGAACAACCAAUUGUGCAGAAGGAAUCGCCAAAAGUAUCCCCAGAAGUGGUUAUGGAGGAAAAACAAAACAAAGAACAUUCCAAGCUUCCGGAAGCACAAAAAGAACCUCCUUCAGUGCAAAGUAUCCCAAAUAGAGUCCCAGAAGAUCCUCCAUCUGCACCAAAAGUCAAUCUCCCGGAGCAGAAAGCAAUGGCCAAAGUGUCAGAGGAGAAUGAUUUAGCUCGAUCCCCAUCACCCCUGUGGACGUACACCCUUCCAGCUCCACCAAAGUUUGCCGAUGGUAAUAAUUCCGUUCCCGAUGAUGUGGCUACGCUCAAUGGGAAUGUCUACUACGACUACAUGUCUCUCGCUGAUGACACACGUACUGUCCAGUCAGAUUCCAACACAACCCUUGUGUCCGAUGUGGACAUCAGGCCGGUAAUUAGGGAAGUUAUUGCUGAUCCGUACACAACCCUCGAUGCUGAAGUGAUUAAUUCUGACUUGGAGGAUGGGUAUCAGAGGAAUUUGCUGCUCCAAUCGCUGGAGAAGCGUCGGGAGCGGUAUAUUGAGAAUGAAUUUGCCUUCCUGACGAAAAUGGACGAUGAUCGGGAACCGGAGAAGGAUGCUGAAGUACAGCAGGAGGUGGUUGUGAAGGAUUUUGCCAUUGAAAAGAUGCCUCCGAGGAAGCAACAAUCCAUCGAAGAGGGGAAGAAUGAGGUGAUUGAUGAGCUGAAUAGUGUCAUAAGUAGCAAUAGAAUUGAGAGUGUCAUACGGAGGGUGGAACAACCCGAGGAGAUUGAUGCUGUAAAGCCGUGCAAUCUCUCAAACUUCCGCAUUAGCACGUACACCGUGGAGGAGGACAUGCAUACCGCUGUGAAACCCGUUGUGAAGCCCGUCGUGAAUGGAAGUGGAUCACCUGAGGAAGAAUUCAAUGAAGAAGAUUUCCUGAGAAGAGCCUCAAUUGACGUGGAGGAACGACCGAGGGAUUAUGUGAAGAGACCCUCCCUGACACAGAGUACAUUCUUCCGGAAGACAACCCCCGUUGCCCGAUCGGAUUCCUUCCAUUCAACACGAGCAGAUUUUGGGAAUUCCUUCGCGGGCACACCACGAAGUUCAUCCUACAUCUCCCUCCUGGCAGCACAGAAGUUUGAGAGUCGCACCUCACCGAGGCACAGUGUUGAGUUCCCGAAUCCCCCACGGAGGUAUUCCAGUGAGCUCAGCAUUACGGACUCUCCAUCUUUGCAGAGUAUUGAGGUGAUGAAAUCCAUUUUGUCGUCAUCACGGAAGAAUAGUAUGACGCAUUUGCCGGAAGUUGCGACUGUUGGAGAAGAAAAGGCCCCACAGGAGUUACGUGUGGAGAUUCUGGAGAAAUCUGAGCCUGAGAAGGCUGUUUUGGUGCAAAGGGUUGAAGUUAAGAAGCCACCACCUCCAGUUGUGGAGAAGAAAGUCGAGCUGAAUGGCAGGAAGCUGGAGCAAAAUGAAAGGAAGCAGGAGGAGAAUGAGAGAAAGCUUGAAUUGAGUGAGAAGAAACUGGAUCAGAAUGAAAGGAAGCUUGAACAAAAUGAGAAGAAAUCAGAAAUAAAUGGGAAGAAACAGGAACAGAUUGAAGAGGAGGAAGCACCCAAGAAAUGGGUGUACAAAGGGCCACCAAAGAUCAAUUUAUCUGCAUGGAAUGAACGUCCCAAGGUUCAGGUUUGCAUAAAAUCCGACAGUGAUUACUGCUUUGGCGGCAGUACAACCCUUCCUCGGGGCUUCCGGACAGAUCAAGCAAUAUCCGUGCCAAUGCCGGAGAAGAAGGAACCCGAAGGGCUCAAUAAUCACCUCCCGGUUGUCCGUGGGGUGGAAUACAAGAAGAAUGUGCCUCCUCUGGAAGAGCAAUGUGAACCGGCUGCAGUGAUCCUCCGGAAGCCAGAAGUGCGCCAGAAGCCUGUUAAUCGUGUCAAUAGCAUCACCAGUGCAUCCCUCAAUGUGCGUCCAUUGAGUUUGGGGAAUUUCAGUAAGAUUGCACCCGUUGUACGGGGCUUCCGGGCUGAAGAAGAAGCAGCACAGCAGCAUCUCACCCGGGCAGUGAGUGUCACAAAGAUUAAUAGCUCUGCAGCAGUACAACCAGCUCCUGCUCCUGCUGUGGUGAUGUCAGAGAAGAAGAUUGAGAAAGUCCCGGAAAAAGUUCCAGAGAAGAUUCCCGAGAGGAAGACAAAUGCAACAUUCCUGGCAAAUGGCCAGCAAAAGAGCUCUCCACCGGAAGCUCCAUUUUGGCAGCACACACUCCGCAAGACGGGCUUGAAGGAGAAGAUUCUUGCGCAAGAGGAGGAAGCACAAAAGGCACCACAGCCUACAAGAUCAUUCCACACGCGUCAGCAGCCAAUUAAUCAUUCCAUCUCCCUGCCACCGCCAUCACCGACAGAACAGCCAAAACAAUCAGUUAAGGCGCCCCCAAGUCCAGCACCUCCACCACCACCACCACAACUACGUCCAGUUGUUCGUGCAGUGGUGAAGAAGCAAAUUUCAGCUCCGGAAGCUGAUCCACGUGAUCAACUUCUCAACUCCAUACGGAACUUCAAUAGGAAUUCCCUGAAGAAGAUGUAGUCAGAGUCCAGCUGGGCAUAGAUGUGUUGUUUUACCCCUCGUUUUCUUGAAAAGAUUAUUCCCCUGAAAAAUAUCUCCACACUCGAAGAAGAGGGAGAGAGAGCUUUAUUAACAAAUGAGAUGGGGAGAUAUUUUUUAGCGAUGAACACCCCCUCAAUUAAAUUAUUCCACAAAAAAAUGGAGAAAUUAUGCUGUUAUAACUUUUUAUUAUUCCUGUAAAAUGUUUUAUUUUUUUUCUUUGUCGUUUCUAUAUCUCUUAUAAUGUGAAUGUAAUAUAUUUUAUUCCAAUUUUGAAGAAGAAGAAAAAAAUAUUUUUAAUUUAAAACAAAAAAAAAGUAUUGAGUCAGAUUUAUUUGAAGAGAAAGAGAGGAAAUAAUAAAAAAAAAUAUGGGACCAAAGGUACAUCGGUGUCGCAUUCUGUAAUUUUUUUGUACUCGUGUAAAAAGAAUUUAUAAGUAAAGAAAAAAUACAGAGAAAGAAAAAUAUAUAUAUUGCGAUCAGUUAGAA